UCAUUGUGUGUAUCCAUAUACCGAACGAUAAAGACGGGUGUAUUGGUCACUGCUAUUUUGUUCAGAAUCACCCCCAAAUUCCACUCCUCCGAAUUCCACAUAAGAAAAGCUCCAAUCUUUCCCCGUCAAUUUGAUUUCAACCUAGAUCUUUUCGCCCUUUUGCUUUAAUUUUCUUGUGGGUCAGUUGAAUUACUCGAUUUGUGCAGAAUUACUGUCUCAAAGAUUCAAUCUUUGGGAAAUUGAAAAAAAAAAAACAGGAAAAAUGAAAUCUGGAAAGAGUCAUAACGAAGAGGAAGAGGAGGAGGAAGAAGAUUUCAGUACGAGGAAAGACGCCACGUCAUCCGCCAACAAUUCCAAAGAUGGGAAGAACAGUGACAGAGCUAAUGCUAUUAGGUCGAAACACUCGGUCACCGAGCAGCGGCGGAGGAGCAAAAUCAACGAGAGAUUUCAGAUAUUGAGAGAACUGAUACCGAACGUUGAUCAGAAGAGAGACACCGCAUCUUUUCUAUUAGAGGUGAUUCAGUAUGUACAAUUUUUACAGGAGAAGGUACAAAAGUACGAGGGGUCGUAUCAACCUUGGAGUUCAGAGCCCACAAAGCUGAUGCCAUGGAGAAACAGUCACUGGCGUGUACAAGGUUUUGGCGGCCAGCCACAAACGGUAAAGAACGGUGCGGGUCCCGCGUCUGCGUUUCCCGUCAGAUUUGAUGAAAAUAAUGUUUCUGCGGUCCCCGCGACCUUGCAGCGGGACCCUCCUAUCGAAACAGAUCAGGUUAGAGAUCCGAAUGCAAAUGAUGGUGCAUAUGUCCAUACGUUAUUACAAGUGCCGCCGCCGCCUUCGGAUGCGCAGUCGACGGAAUAUCCUAGCGGCUCAGAUGCUUUGAGCGGCCCGGAUGAGCUGGCAAUCGAAGGGGGAACAAUCAGCAUCUCGAGUGUUUACUCUCAAGGGUUAUUGAAUUCAUUAACACAAGCACUCGAGAGCACGGGCGUGGAUCUUUCUCAGGCCAGCAUUUCUGUCCAGAUUAAUCUCGGUAAACGAGCAAAUACGGGACCCACUCCAGGGAUAUCAAUUGAUAAGGAUCACGGCAUUCCUAUCCCUUCCGGAACCUUCCAAAAUGCAAGUAAUGGUGAAAACCUAGACCAAGCUCAAAAAAGGCGAAAGAUUUAAUUUAUACGGAUCGGGCUAAGUAUUUGAUCGUUGUAUAUGUGGUAUUCUCUCGAUUUUUUUUUUGGUUCUUAAUAUUUUUCGAGUUUAUGUAAGUUUUCGUAUAGAACGGCUUGCUUCGACACAUGCAUGUUAGGUACAUACUAGUUGUGUUUUACGGAGGUUGUUGAAAUUUAGCGAUUGUCUUACGAGAAAUCUGAAGUCAAUUUUUUU